AUGGAUGUAAACGUGAUACCCAACAAUAUGGAAAAGUAUAUAUCAUUCUCACUAGGAAGCUAUCUAACUUUCAUUGACUCUAUCCAAUUCAUGUCCUCUUCAUUACAGGAACUUGUAAACAACCUGUCACCUGAGGACUUCAGAAUAGUAGGUAAGCGGUGGCAAGGGGAGGAUCUUAAGUUGGUAACACAGAAAGGAAUAUUCCCCUAUGAGUUCAUGGAUAGUAUGGAUAAGCUACAGUCAAAGGGGCUCCCAAGUAAGGACAAGUUCUAUUCAACAUUGUAUGAAUUUGAUGUGAGUGAUGAAGAUUACCAAAGAGCGCAGAGAGUAUGGAGUCACUUCAACAUGAAAACAAUGAAGGACUACCAUGAUCUCUACCUUGAGACUGACGUUCUUUUAUUAGCUGACGUAUUCGAAAACUUUAGAAGAACCUGUAUGAAAAGCUACGAGCUCGACCCAGCACAUUACGUCUCUGCUCAGUUGGGACGCCUUUCUGAAAAGGUCAG